CGAAAAGCUCCAACACAGUGAAAGAACAAUUUUCAAAUGCAGACAUGUUGUCUUUAUUUCACAAAAACAGUUUUCAGAACUCUAUGAGUCCACUCCAUGGAGCUCCUUCCACCUGCGCUCAGGAAUUACUGCCUUCAGGUGAGAUGUGCCAAAACAGAACACUCAAAAGAGUGCGAUUUAAGAGCAUGCUUUUCUAACCAACAGCAACUCCAUGAAUGCUCUCUGUUUGACAGUGAAGGAUCCGAUGGGCUCAGAGUCUUCUACUGGAGUAAAUUCUCCGCUCCCAGUAACUUUGCCAUGGAAAUCCGGAGGUCCAGCCCAGACAGGCAGGAGCGCAGGCUCCCCGGGACCAACAAGGUGCAGAGGUACAGCCGUAACGAGCAGCGGUACUUCAUGGAGGAAGAUGAGGACAUGAUCUCACUGAUGGAUGAGUCUGAUGAUAAAUUAGAUAAAAUGAAAAAUCAAAACAGCAUCCAGGGGGGAAAAUGGCAGCUUGGCUUCCAAGCAAUGUCCUUCGACCUCUAUGCUAAACUUGGGAACAAUCGCACCCUGAGCCUUGUCAGCCCUAAGAAGCCAUACUAUCAGUGGCGCCUCCGAGUGCCAUCGGGACACAUGGUCCGCCUGGUUGUCCUCACGCUUCAAGGCGCCACACCAGGAAGCUGCAGCGUCCACAAGCUCUCUGCCUAUGACUUCCUGCUUCCUCUACAAAACAAGAUCAUUGCCAGGUGGUGUGGGCUGCCUCUUUCAGGCUCACCGCCGGUCAUGAAGUUGAUGUCCUCUGGCAAUGUCAUGUUGGUCACCUUCUCCUUCAGCAGGCAGAGGGAUGGAGCAGUUUUCAAAGCUUACUUCCAAGCUGUCCCAAAAGCAGGUUGUGGAGGAUCAAUUACCUCUUGGAAUGGCUCCAUUUCCUCACCGUACUAUCCUUCCUAUUAUCCGCCAAACAUCGACUGCACAUGGACGCUGCGGGUGCCACUGCCAGGAUAUCUGAUCUCUGUGACGAUCGUGACGAUAGACAUUCAGGACUCUCCAUCCUCUGACAGCUGUGAGAAAGACUGGCUGGACAUCGGUGGCGUGAAACUGUGUAAUCCUGUGUCCGACAGCAGCAAAAAACGGGUGUACUCCUCCCCUCUCUCCAUCCAAUUUCACUCUGAUGAAUCUCUCACUCACAGUGGUUUCCACUUGCUGUACCAAGCGUUCUCUCCAGAAGGCACUUGUCCUCAUCAGUUUCGCUGUGGAGAUGGUCGCUGUAUCCCCCUGAAGAAAGUCUGCAAUGGAGUCAAGGACUGUUCAGAUGGACGGGACGAGGCUAAAUGCUCAUCCUGCAGGCCGGGGGAAGUCCUGUGUGUGAACGGCCAGUGCAGACCUCAAAGCAGCCAGUGCCUGAGUCAGAGCACCUGUGCAGACAGCAGCGAGGAGGGAGCCUGCGGAAGUAAAUGUUCCCACGUUUGUCCCAACAAGGUCUGUUUGCCCAAGUCAUCCGUGUGCGAUGGCAUCUUUGACUGCAAAGAUCGCAGCGAUGAGCUCAACUGUACCAGAGCGUAUGUGAAGAGCUGCUCCCCCUCCAACUACAAAUGUGGCAAUGGAAAGUGUGUGAGCAAGGUCAACCCUGAGUGUGACGGAGUUAAAGACUGCUCUGAUGGUUCCGAUGAGCGGCGCUGUGGAUGUGGCACCAGACCCAAGAAGCGGGCUAAGAUAGUGGGAGGGUCUGAUGCCUUGGCAGGUUCGUGGCCCUGGCAGGUCAGCCUGCAGAUGGAGCGCUACGGCCACGUCUGUGGAGCCACACUGGUCUCCAACCGCUGGCUCAUCUCUGCAGCUCAUUGCUUUCAGGACUCUGAUGCCAUCAAAUACUCAGACCCGCAUGCGUGGCGAGCUUACAUGGGGAUGCGAGUGAUGGCAAGGGGAAACCACGGAGCAGCCACCAGGCUGAUCCGGAGAAUCCUCCUCCACCCACAAUAUGACCAGUUCACAUCAGAUUACGACAUCGCUCUCCUUGAGCUCAGUGCUCCGGUGUUCUUCAGUGACCUGGUGCAGCCUGUGUGUGUUCCUGCAUCCUCGCACACUUUUACCACGGGAACGAGCUGCUACGUCACAGGCUGGGGGGUUCUCAUGGAGGACGGUGAAUUAGCUUCUCGGUUACAAGAGGCCUCAGUUAAGAUAAUUAACAGGAAGACUUGUAACAAGCUCUAUGAUGAUGCUGUGACUCCCAGGAUGAUGUGUGCUGGGAACCUGCAGGGAGGAGUGGACGCCUGCCAGGGUGACUCAGGAGGUCCGCUGGUGUGUCUGGAGCGCGGCAAGCGAUGGUUUUUGGCCGGAAUUGUGAGCUGGGGGGAAGGCUGCGCGCGGCAAAACCGUCCCGGAGUUUAUACACAGGUGGUAAAGUUCACUGACUGGAUCCGGCUGCAGACUAAAGGGCAGGUUUGACAGUGCUGCACCAAGUCAUGAAGAAAAAUGAGAGCACGCGGGAUGAUUGUUUCUGCCCUGACAUUUGUCCACCGAUUAGUGUCAUAACCGCACAGUAAUGCUUUCAGGCUGUUUAAAGAGACCUUUCAAAAGGGCCGAACAAGACAGCUCAUUCUCACUGCUCCAAACCCACCAGCAUGCUCCCAAUGUGCAAACUACAGCAACAUUUUUGGAUUUUGUGAGACAAUUCUUACAUUUUGAUUUGUUUUCACUCAGCUGUUUGCAUUUGAUCGCAGUGCAAGAUUAAAAUUUACAGUUGAUGGUACAGGAAAUAUCAUUUUUAUUGUGGAGUUUUUGCUAGACUGCCCUAAAAAAAUGUUUCAAACAUUAUGCAGACACAAAUGUGCCAUUUACUAUUUUACCUACCCCCACACACACAAACACCCCCACACACACAAAAAUCUAGGUCAACUACAUAUAAACACUAUAU